UCACAUCAGAGAGUGUACGAGGAGUGCGUUCGGUAACUGCGAGUCUAAAUGGCGGAUGCGGAGAAGAAGCCGUAACUGGAACAAUAAAUUUUUAGUUCCGUGUCUAAAAACGGUGUGAGGUGUUUCGAGAUUAAUCCCCGAAUUCCCCUGAAAGAAGGUGUGUUCGUGCACAUGAAGCUCGACGUUAGUGACCAAUCUCCGUUUUUACAGCUUUGAGGCGAGUUGAGGCUUGUAGCGUUCCUGCUAACAGCUAACAGCUAACGGGUGUUUCUGAAGCACUGGACAGAAGCGGCCUCUUACUGUGUCUUCAUGGUGUUUUUAUGAAUAUGGGCGACUCUCUGGGUCUGAUCGGGAAAAGACUGCUUCUUCUCCUGAACGAUGGAGGGGCUUGUGCUGCUGCUCCAGCCGACCAAGGCGCUCUGCAGGCCGACUGGAUCCGGGGGACCGUCCGGGCGGUCAGUGUUAUCGGGCUGGCGAGUCCGGGGGUGGAGGUGUUCUUGGAGUUUGAGAACAGACCGUGGAGGCAGCGCUCCUGGGUGCAGCUGUACGGAGAAGAAGUCCGAGCAGCUCUGAUGGAAAACAUCAUUGUGUGGGCUCCCGCAAGCGACUCGUCCAUUUCCGCAGUCGGAGGAGCGGCUCCCAGCCACUGGCCUGCUCUGGUGUUUCAACCACUUGUGGAUCGUGUCGGAAUAGGAUCCCUCGUUCCGGUCGAGUUCUUUGGAACGAGAAAGCUGGAUUUUCUCCCAAGUGGAAGUUCGCUUCAGAGAUUUGAGGCUGAGAAGGAUGUGAGGCAUCCACUCCUGCAGGAGCAGCCAGCACUUCAAGCUGCCAUCAGCACCUGGCAUCGCGACUCCGAGCUGCAGGAGAUCCUGAGAAAAGGAACGUACACAAUCCAGGGCCGAAGGGUGCAGGUGUACCAGCCGGAGUUUGAAGAACCGUGGGCGCAGGGACUAGUGUCUCAGCAUGAUCCUGUGAAGCACAUUAUGGAGAUUACCAUGGAUCAGAGAGAAGAGACCCAGGUAGUUGAUCCCCGAGUAAUUCAUGUAACGCUUACUGUGGAGUCAACAGAUGAGGAUCAGCAAAGAAAGGAAGCAGACAGCACUAAGGGUGAGUGCGGGCGUAGACGUCGGACAGCUUCCGAAGGAGAUGAGGAUGUGACCCUGAAACGAUUCAAAGGAACAGGGGAGGUUGAGCCAAACGGGCAGACGGACAGUGGUUCAGUCACAGCAGACUGCGAAUCGACGGUAAUAAGGGGCAGUGGGACGCUUGCAGCGAUUAUGUUGGAGGCACGGGAUGUAGUAGGAGGAAGUGGGGGGGAGAACACCAUUGCUAGCCAAGUUUCAGCUAAUAGUAUUGCUAACAACACUACUUUUCCUCAGGACCAUUCCAUCAGCAGGUCUACCGGAGUCAUUAAGGAGAAUGGCAACACCAAUUUGAGCCAAGACAAAACGGCUUCUCUGGCAGCCACUGCAAUUCCUACAUCCAUUUUAGCUCCGCCUCCUUUGAAGCCUGCUCCAUCUGCCUUUUCCACCAUAUUUCCCUCUUUGGGUCAGAUGCCUAGCUUGGUGCCCGGAGCUCCUGCAUCCAAGGUUACUUCCACAGCCAUGGCACCCGAAAGGGAUGAUGGAGUUCAUUCAGCCUUUCCCAGAUCUGCUCCUCUGAUAUCUCCAGGUCCUGUCACCAUCUCUUCACCUUCCCAGGACAACUCUCCCAGCGUGGUUCUUUCUGCAACCCCGGAUCUCAACCAGCAAGCACCUGUUUGGGGGUCGCUUCCAGAAGCAAGCCAGACUCCAAAGCCAACCACUCUUGCUGCUGUGGGAAUCAGUCCUUCUCAGCCCAAGAAGACCAGUGGGGCUGUGUUCGGUGAUGUUCCUGCACAGACUAAUGGAGCUUCCCAAAAUAACAAGGAACCCUUUGGUUUUUACUUUGUUAAACCACAAGAACCUCAGCAGCAGGCAUCUAAUCCAUCACAGAACUUAUUUUUUCAGUGUAUGUCCCAGACGCAGACUCCAAGUUCAGGUAUCACACAAGGUCAGGCAAAGGACACUAACUACUUCACAGCCUUGGCGAAAAACGUCAGCAAGGAGCCACCAACCCUUUUCAAGCCUGCUGCUGCCUCCGAGGGCCUAAAAAAGGCCGUUGUUGCAUCUGCAUCUGCAGGACUGUUUGGUUCUGCACCAGCUAGUGCCCUGUCAUCUGUACAAGAGCAGCCCAAAGUGCCUGAUGUUAAGCCAACAGGUAAUGGUAUUCUAAUAAACAAAUCUUUUGGAGCAGGAGGAGACACACUGGGUAAAUUAACCCCCGGUUUCCCACCAGCUGUAGGCAGCAUCCCUGUUUUGGGUUCAGGGGACAUUUCUAAACCUGUUUUAGGGCUCGGGACCUCUCUUGGUCUGAGCUCCACUGCACUGAACAGUCCUGGUGCUGGACUGAGAAAUACUACCAGUGCUAGCCCUGCUAGUGGAUUUGGUCUGCUUUCAGGCAGCAAGGCUUCAGAACCUCAUGAGAACCUGUUCCUGGCAGCCUCGAAAGAGGCUAAUCCAUUUCUUGCUUAUACUGGAGCAGUCUCGAAUAGUCCAUUUAGCAAGUUGUCCACUCCAAACCUGGCCUCGUCAGUGCCCCCUACACAGCCUGCAGGAGGCACUGGUAUUCUUAGCCAAGAUCCACCAGCCACUGAUGGCCAAUCAAAUUUAUUCACAAUGGAUGACCAUCCUAAAGGAAUUCUUUCUUCCCAGUUUGCAAGCUGCUCUUCUUCCUCUCCUCCUGCAUCUUUUAUGCCCCAACACAAAGAAGAUCAAGAGCUCAAACAUAACAAAGAGGCUAAUGAUGGGACUGCAUCCUUCAACACUGAAAGCGUGUUAUCAGAGGAUCAGACAGCACCCAUGCUCUUUGACCAAGCGUCGCAGAAGUUCUCUCUGGAUGAUCGUGGCCAGUCAAGCAAACGGGACUCUGACUCCAGCACCAACAGCGACUUGUCUGACCUGAGUGAGGCUGAAGAUGCCAGCGAACAAACUCAAAACCCUGGCAUGCACUCGUCUCCGGAUGGGACUGAUGUGCAGAAGGCUAAAGCCCAGGCUGCUAAGAACAGACCAAGGAGCAAACCAUUUAAGGUUGGGCAGUCCAUACUGAAGGACCAGAAUAAGGUGCGACGUCUGAAGCAGUCCGGUGAAGCGUUCCUGCAGGACGGCUCAUGCAUAAACGUGGCUCCACACCUGCACAAGUGCAGAGAGUGUCGCCUUGAGCGCUACCGGAAAUCCCGUGAGCAGGAUUUGGAGGACGAUGACCCCAACGUGGCCUGCCGCUUCUUCCACUUCCGUAGGCUAGCGUUCACAAAGAAAGGGGUGCUUCGUGUGGAAGGCUUCCUGACCCCGCAGCAGAGUGACAGCAUGGCCAUGGGCUUAUGGCUGCCAGCCGCAAACGCACACGAGGGCCUUGACCUGGACACAUCCAAGUACAUUCUGGCCAACGUGGGCGACCAAUUCUGCCAACUCGUCAUGUCCGAGAAAGAGGCCAUGAUGAUGGUGGAACCUCAUCAAAAGGUGGCAUGGAAGCGGGCAGUCAGGGGUGUGAGAGAGAUGUGUGACGUGUGUGAGACGACGCUCUUCAACAUCCACUGGGUUUGUCGCAAAUGCGGUUUUGGCGUAUGCUUAGAUUGUUACCGGCUACGAAAGAACCAGCCACAUGAAGAUGUGGAGGAAAACUCAGACGAUGAAGUCUUCUCAUGGCUGAAGUGUGCAAAAGGACAGCCUCAUGAACCCCAGAACCUCAUGCCCACUCAGAUUAUUCCUGGCACAGCACUCUAUAAUAUAGGGGACAUGGUACAUGCAGCACGAGGCAAGUGGGGAAUUAAAGCCAACUGUCCCUGCACCAGUCGGCACAACAAACCUGCGGCACGGCCUAACAUGCCCAACGGCCUUGCACAAUCCGGUACGGCUUCUAGCACAGGAAAUGGGGCUGCGUCUACUUCGUCAACUCCCCGUCCAGACGGGGAUCCUGUGACUGGUGCAACAGUGAAAAUAGAAUCUGGUGCAGAGGGAAACAGUGCUGACACAUCUGGCAGCAGCAGUGCGAACACCAGCACAACAGGGCCUGCCAUUGCCCUUACCCCUGGUUCUAAAGAUGCCAAGGGUAACACCUCUGCUCUACACUGGCUGGCUGACCUCGCCACACAGAAGGCAAAAGACGAUUCUAAGGACUCCAGCUCCCUACGGGCCAUGAUGCGGCGUGACGCUCGUGCUCCCUUCGGUCUAGAUGCAUUCAGCAGUCUAUCCAAACCAGCAGGCCCACCUCCCAAGCUCUUCAACAGCUUGCUGCUGGGCUCUGGGCCGACCCACCCUAAAGCCGAGGGUACCAGCCUGCGGGACCUGCUCAACUCCGGCCCAGGCAAACUGCCCCAGGCUCCUGAUGGUGGAGUCCCCUUUCCUUCAGUAUUCACCUCUUCAGCAGGGGCUGAUAAAGCAAAGGGAGGUCUACCUACAAUCCUGGACCACAUCAUCGCCUCUGUGGUGGAGAACAAGAAAGCCGAAAGUCGCCGUGUCUCUGGGCCGACAGAGGGCACCGAGUCAUGCAGUGUUACACGCAGAGAUGGGGUUAUGGGCCUGAGCGUGCUCGAACCCCACACCUCCCACACGUGGCUAUGUGAUGGCCGUCUCCUCUGCCUGCAGGACCCCAGCAACAGCAACAACUGGAAGAUUUUCCGUGAGUGCUGGAAACAGGGACAGCCGGUGCUGGUCUCAGGUAUCCACAAGAAGCUGAAGACUGGUUUGUGGUUGCCGAAAGCUUUCAGUGAAGAGUUUGGGGAUCAGGAUGUAGACCUGGUCAACUGCAGGAACUGCGCGAUCAUCUCCGACGUCAAGGUCCGUGACUUCUGGGACGGCUUCCAGGUCAUCUCCAAACGGUUGCAAGGUGCUGAUGGGCAGGCAAUGGUACUGAAACUCAAAGACUGGCCACCCGGAGAAGAUUUCAGAGACAUGAUGCCCACACGGUUUGAUGACCUUAUGGAUAACCUUCCUCUACCCGAGUAUACAAAGAGAGAUGGACGACUAAACCUAGCAUCCCGUCUUCCUAACUUCUUUGUGCGCCCGGAUCUAGGGCCCAAGAUGUACAAUGCUUAUGGUUUGAUAUCAACAGAAGACAGAAAGGUUGGCACCACAAACCUGCAUCUAGACGUGUCCGAUGCUGUUAAUGUGAUGGUGUAUGUCGGAGUACCCCAGGGAGACAACGAUCAUGAAAACAAAGCAGACCCUGCUGGAUACAAAGAGGUGUCGACUACCAUCGAGGAGGGGGACGUGGACGAGAUGACGAAGAGGAGGGUGUACGAGGGGAAGGAGAAGCCGGGCGCGCUCUGGCACAUCUAUGCCGCCAAAGACGCUGAGAAAAUCCGUGAGCUCCUGCGCAAGGUCGGAGAAGAGCAGGGUCAGGAAAACCCUCCAGAUCACGACCCCAUCCAUGACCAGAGCUGGUAUCUGGACCAGGUGCUGCGCCGCCGCCUGUAUGAAGAGUAUGGAGUUCAGGGUUGGUCCAUCAUUCAGUUCCUGGGAGACGCCGUGUUUAUUCCAGCUGGAGCACCUCAUCAGGUGCACAAUCUGUACAGCUGCAUCAAGGUAGCAGAGGACUUCGUCUCACCUGAGCACGUGAAGCACUGCUUCAGGCUGACACAGGAGUUCCGGCAUCUUUCCACAACACACACUAACCACGAGGACAAGCUACAGGUGAAGAACAUCAUCUACCACGCUGUGAAAGACGCUGUGGGAACGCUGAAAGCUCACGAGGCAAAGCUGGCCCGAUCGUAGUUCUGCUUGUCUGUGGUGCAGAGAGACUGGGUGGUGUUGGGCACUUAAAUUAAGAUUGAGUGCCGGUGUGUUCACAGAACACACUCCUGAGUUUGAGACGUGUCCGUUUCAGCGGUCUAGGAUGAAGGACGUGCUUCAUCAGUGUUACAAACACCGUUUAGUUUUUUUUUUUUUUUUUUUUUUUUUAAAUUACUGUUCAUUUUUUUUCUGUAACAAAAAUGUGUCUGUCUGUUUCUCUAAAUGUGGACCGUUUGUCGGACUGUUUAUUAAGAAGCCGAAAGAUCUUCUUCAAAACGGAUCAGCUUCUCCUGCGUAAAUGUGAGCACUGGGUUUCUUUUUAGCCAACUUUACUGGUUUGUUUUCUUCAGCUCUGUAUGUAAAAGAAGUGAAAGGAUGUUUUAAAAAAAUCAAAAAAGAUUCCUUCCACACUCUGGUUGAGGUGGACAUGAGUUUUGAAUGGAACUAGACCAAAGUUUUGUAUUUUUAGUUUAUAAUUUCAGCUAAAAUGAAAUCAUCUUGGUCUUAUUUCCUUUUUUUUUAUAGCCCUAUCGGCAAUUCGACUCACUGAUGAUGAACGCUAGGCUGGCAUUAAGAAAUGUUUGUUGAAAUAUUAAGAAUUCCAGUUAUGAAUUACUGGUCAUUAAUAUGUAUCAUUAUGUAUUGAUCUUAGCUGUGUGUAUGAUUUUUCAAAAUAAAGUUUACAAAAAAAAAAACCAAGCUGUUUUAAAAAAACAAAACAAAACAUUGCCCAUGCCAUUGCAUAGGAAUUUGUGCUCAGUUCUUGAAUAUUUUAAACGGAAAAUAGAAAUCAAACAGUCAUUAUGGUGCCUAAAUAUACAUAUGUUUAGUGAAAUUAACUUUUAAUUUUAGCCACUUAAAGCAUCUUAGUGUAUGGGGAAACAAAGACAGACUAUAUUUCUCUUAAGUGGAUUAAAUUAUCUGGCUAUCUUUAAACA